AGUAAUUUGGUCACGAUCUUGACAGCGGAUGCUAAAGCUAGCCGACCUAGCUUAGCCAACCACGUCCAUUAAAUGCUUGUCUUGCUCCCAUCAUGAGGACACAUGUUGUAGUCUAGCUGGACAUCCUUUGCUGGUUUACAAGCCUUAAUGGCCGCGUUCAGAUUAUUUAUGCUGGCUGUUUCGUUUUGAUGAAUUCGCGGCUACUUAGUUAUUAAAUUGUGUUUUUUGAAAUGACAUGUCAAUCUUAACAUGGCACACUGUGGUAUUGUUGCUGGAUUUGACGACGGUCCGUAGCUGCGUUGUUUGGCUUUUUGGCGUCACUGUGUUAUCUUUUUGACUGUCAGCUGCAAGCAUGAUCCAAAUGGAACACGAACCAGAACACUGGUCGACCAUCUCCUCAGCGACGUCAGCAAAGUGACAUGCAAGACGUGCUUUAGUUAGCUUAGCUUAGCAUUCAUGCAUACUGAUUCCUAGCGGCUGAACGGGAGAUAUUUUUUGGGGGGGUUAGAACCCGUCCUCACUGUGCCACACAGCGGAGCAAAUGUUCACCACAAAAUGGCCAGCGAGAGAAAAUGAGUGCAGCCCCGCUCUCUCUCGCCGCCUUCACCCAUAAUAACGAGCUGCGACACCGCCGCUGAAAGACGAACCAGCCUGGAUCUCUCCCACUCUCAGCCCCCCUUUGCCUCGUCUGGAGCUUCUCGUCGUGCCCUACGAGACUUUGAACAAACGCUUCCGAGCGGCCCAGAAGAACAUCGACAGGGAGACGAGUCACGUCACCAUGGUGGUCGCCGAGCUGGAGAAGACGCUCAGCAGCUUCCCUGUGGUCGACUCCGUGGUGUCCCUGCUGGACGGAGUGGUGGAGAAACUCAGCGCCCUGAAAAGAAAGGCUGCUGAGUCCAUCCAAGCGGAGGAUGAAAGCGCCAAGCUGUGCAAGCGGCGCAUCGAGCACCUGAAGGAGCACAGCAGCGACCAGCCAGCCUCCGUCAACUUGUGGAAGAAGAAGCGCAUGGACCGCAUGAUGGUGGAGCAUCUGCUUCGCUGCGGCUACUACAACACUGCCGUCAAGCUGGCCAGACAGAGCGGCAUCGAGGAUCUUGUCAACAUUGAGAUGUUCCUCACAGCAAAGGAAGUGGAGGAAUCCCUGGAGAGGCAGGAGACAGCCACCUGCUUAGCCUGGUGCCAUGAUAACAAAUCCCGCCUUCGCAAGAUGAAGAGCUGUCUAGAGUUCAGUCUGAGGAUUCAGGAGUUCAUUGAGCUGAUCCGGCAAAACAAACGAAUGGAUGCCGUCAGACAUGCAAGGAAACACUUCAGCCAAGCAGAAGGUGGGCAGCUGGAUGAAGUUCGGCAGGUGAUGGGCAUGCUGGCCUUCCCCUCAGAUACACACAUCUCUCCAUACAAGGAUCUUUUGGAUCCGGCACGCUGGAAGAUGCUGAUCCAACAGUUCCGAUAUGACAACUACAGACUGCACCAGCUGGGGAACAACUCUGUCUUCACCAUCACGCUGCAGGCCGGCCUGUCUGCCAUCAAGACGCCUCAGUGCUACAAAGAGGACGGUACCUCCAAGAACCCCGACUGCCCCGUGUGCAGUAAAUCCCUAAACAAGCUGGCCCAGCCUCUACCCAUGGCUCACUGCGCCAACUCCAGGCUAGUGUGUAAGAUCUCUGGAGAGGUCAUGAACGAGAACAACCCCCCCAUGAUGCUGCCCAAUGGUUAUGUGUACGGCUACAAUUCGCUGCUGUCCAUCCGCCAAGAUGACAAGGUGGUUUGUCCCAGAACCAAAGAAGUCUUCAACUUCUCACAGGCGGAGAAGGUCUACAUCAUGUGAUGAUGUCGGCGAUGCAACACCAUUAGGAUGCAAAAAGGCCCGUCGUCGCUCAGCUGAUGUGAUCCACUAAUUUUCGCCUCUACCACACAAAUACACCAGGAGACCCCCCAUUCUUGUGUCCUUCACCAAGACAUGAUGAACUCAUUGGGCCAUUUUAUUUCUCUGAGUCACUGGGUGCUUCCCUCGCAAGAUCGGACGAGGCCAGACGGUCAUCUUUUCACAGGCCUUUACCAACUCAACGCUAGACUCCUGGAAGUAGAUGUUCAAAUUCAGUACAGCCGAUGAAUACACUCUCUGAGCUCAACAAGACUAACUCCUCGCUGAGAGGACAGCUCAUUUGGUAGCAACUGUGUGUGUGCGUGCGUGUGUUUGUGCGUGUGAGACGCAACUCCUCUGUGGCUGGAUGGAGAUCCACAUGCCUGUGUCGUUUGCCUUUCAUCCCCCCAUCAUCAGGACUGCAACAGGCUGGCUUUUGAAAUGUAAAUAGGAGGCAGGCUUUGUGGGGGAGGGAAAAGACUACAGAGGCCAACCUCCUGAACAGCAGACUGAACAAGUCUUUUCUCUGCUAUGAACCGGUGGUGGUUUAACUCCUUGUUUCUUACUAACUUGCUCAUGAACGUCAUGUUAAUAAUCUCUCGUCAGUCUUCUCAUGAUGGUUGUCCUUGAUGAAUUUGAACCGGUGGUCUUCCUUUGCCUGGCUUAAUAAGGUUUCAUUGUCACAUCCAUGUGAAAAUUUGCUUAUUUAUUGCACUUUUCAUGGGAAUUACACCACACAGACUAAGGUACUAGGACACCAAAGUGAAGAGCAGUUUCCAUUCUUCCAGGAAGACUUGAACAAUAUUUUGGAAGUGUGUCAUGUGAGGUCACUGUGGCUCUUGUUCUUCCACACCAAACCCAUCAAAGCAUGCGUGUAUGGAUGUUGCUUUGGGCAGUGGGAGCAGAAAAGACCCUUCCUCAAAGUGUUCCCACAAAAUUCCUGAAGAAUUAACCUUGAGGGGCUGAUUUAUCACAAUUCCAAGAUAGGUCCCAAUACUUUUGUCCAUGUGGUGUGUGUGCCAUUCUAAUUAUUUCAAUAAACAUUUUAAUUUGAUGCUGUUUUUGAAUAAAAUAACUGUUGAUUUAUUUUUUUGCCCUUGUUAAAAAAUAAAUUGAAUAAACGAUUGAGGUGAUCAGAGGAAUUUGAGUGUGAAUUAAUGCACAAAUGAUCAAAGUAUGAAUAGUCACACUCUUAAAUCCCCAUACAAAGCCAGUGAGACUGAGGAAGAUGAAGCUUAUCCAUGAAUUUGUGUUCAUUGACAAAUCAAAUGUUGCUGUCAUUGAAUGCGUUUGGACCGUCUAGUGUGUUUCUGUUCUUAGACUAUAGGAAGAUUGUUUCAUGGUCAAUAUGCCUCAUAAAGAUUUUACCAGACUUUUGAAUUUUGCU